AUGCAAAAUGGUGAGCCACUAUUUUUCAAAGUAACCAAAUGCUACAUUCUACAUACACAACAAAAGUGUCAAUUAUAAAAAUGUUGGUCAUGAUCGAAAACGGUUUGCGGUUUUUCGACACCAAUUUUAGCAAAGAUGAAAUUUACGUGUACGGUACAUACCAUAACUCCGACCACACCCCCUUUUAUUUUCUUGAGUUUUUGACAUCCAUGUCAAAGCACACUUGGGACAAAAUUUUAAGCUUACUUUUAAAAUUUAACUUUUUCCGGAAUGGAUGAAUAAAAAUGCGGAAAUUGUGUCAUCCCGUUCCCACGCUGAAUCCUCCCUUUUUCAAACCUCUUCAAACACCAACAAACUUCGCUAAUAACGUUCAAGCAACAUGUAUUUCCGAAAAUAUAAAAAAUGCGUCAAAACCAUGUCGGGAUGACCGAUUUUCUAGACGUUUGUACUUUGAAAUUAUUUUCUUGGUUUUCUCGUGGAUCUUCUCCUCUUUACAUGAGCUUGUUCGCCUCCAUUUAUCGUCGUCGCGUGGUUUCCGAAGCGAAGACAGAGUCGAGCGACGUUUAUUCAUAUUAUCCGUAUUAUUUUAGCUCACUUGAAAAGACGAGGAGCGUGUUUCUCAUCUCCUUCUAACAUUUAUUGCGCCAUGAUUGUGUUUUGAUUAUUGGAAGUGAUGUGUCAUAUUUGCUAUGGCCCAGCGCUGUCCACUUCGAGCGUUCGAUUGCUCUCGCGUUCUCUCUAUUUUCUCGUUUGUUUUUCAGUGUCGCCCAAAAGUCCAAAUCAACGAAGGGACCGACUGUCUUCGGUCCUUUCUCGGCUGUUUCGUCCGGCCAAGUCGUCCCGAGCCUCCCAAUUCCGUCAUUCCCAUCCAAUCGACCAUGAAAUGAGUUUGACCUCCAAUUCUGGCCCUGUUUUACAAAAUAUUUGUGCAGUUGUAGCCAGUGAAAAUACGUUCUACUGUCCCGAAAAGCAAGACGAUCUUUCUGUGAGUUUGCAACUGUAUUUUAAUGUUUUUUUAACUGUGGAGUCCUCGACUAUGUCUACAAUCUUUAUUAUCUAAAAAAGUCUAAUUUCAGUUAAAAGAAUGGUCCGUAAGUGGACUGGACAAUUGCUCAGAUGACCAAGAAGAAAGUAGAUCAUCAAAUAAAAAUGAAAAGGAGUCUUCAAGUGAUAUUAUUUACACGACCCCUGCGCAGAGCAACAUAGGUGAUCAAGAACAUGAUGAUGGACUGGUGUAUGCUAAUUUGGCCGAGAUUUCCCUGCAGAAAAAAGCCGAUCUAAUUUACCGGCAGCCAUUUCCUCCGAAGCCAAACUUCAACGAACCUCCUUUAAGGGUUUUGAGUAGUGGAUGGAGAGAAUACAAAACUAUCGGGGGAAGGCAAGUUAACCUUUUGUUAUUCUUAUUGGCUUUUAGGUCCUUCUUCUAUAACCCAUCAACCGAGGAAAGUCAAUGGAAGCCGCCAAGGAAUAUUGCGACGCUAACGAAGUCUUGCAGGACCUUGGCUUCGAGAAAUGCUUCAAUUUCAAGCUUUAAUGAGAUCUCUACCUUGGACCCUAAACUUAAUUAUCAUGCCAGGCGCCAGUCAAUCGAUGAGGUAUCUAGUCCAUGUUCUCUAACCGGUUCUUUUGCUGAUCCACUUAAUCAUUCCAUUGAAAGAGAGAAUUUACAAACGAAGUCUCCUUUUAGUCCUUAUUCCAGGGAUAAUGUGAGUGACUUUUGGAUCUUGGAAAAUACAGUUUUUAAACUUAAUAAACACGAGUCAUUUCAGAAUUUAUUGGCUGAGUCAUCUGGUUAUCGAGACAAAACUCUGGAUUCUCAAGAACCGAGGAGGUCAAACCAAAUACGAAAACCGAAGGUUUCAACCAAUCCAGCGAUUGCACCAAUACCGAAUGUUAUCUUCGAGGGAUUUCUUCAUAAGUCAGAGUUCUUGGAAGGCUCCGCGAAGAUAAAGAAGUGGUCUCAAAUCUUUGCCGUUCUCAAUUCAAAGGUAUUAUCCUUAUAUAAAGAACAGAAGAAUUCUGAUGUAAGUUCCCGUGUUGGUGAAUGUAUGGUUUUAGUCGAAGAGCAAACAUUUUAAGGCUCCGCUGGAAGUGUUGGAUUUGAGAGGAGCUGCCGUUUAUCCUGUCGAUUCGGAUAAGAUCAAAGACAAAAGACACCGGAGCAUUUUCUCCGUCCAUCUUCUCCAUAAUCCAGCAAUGUUUUUGUUCAGUUGUACUGAUGGGAUCGAUGCAUUUAAUUUUUGGAUUGAGGCGAUUAAGAGUGUUAUCAGACAGAAUGUAAUUUAAUAAUUAUAUGCAUUAAUUUUUUUAGCCGUGCAACUCAGAAGAAUCCAGGAAAUUUUCAAAUCCUGAAGAAUUAUUUGGAACUCUUGCACAAAGUACAACUAAAUCAAGGUUCGGAAUGAAAGGAUCCAUACGACAGUCGGUAAAGAACAAGUUGAAGGCGUCCAAUUCAAGGGACAGAUUGGACCAGAACGAUAUCCCCACUCGGGAAUCUAUCAUCGACCGCUUAUUGAGAUUCCUGAGACAUCGGCCGACCUUGGAGUCCUUAUAUGAAAAAGGAAUCUACAAACGUAUGCAUUACCUGAAGUUAUGUAUGUUUUAAUUUUAGCUGAGCCGGUCUUUGGUAGAACCUUACAGGCUGUGUGUGAGCAUGAUCAGGCCAAUGUUCCUAAAUUUUUAACAGAGGUCAUAAGAGUUAUUGAAUCGAGAGGGGUCCAAACAGAUGGCAUCUACAGGGUAAAUGGGAAUCUAUCCCUCAUUCAAAAGAUCCGUGAACAUGUAAAUCAUGGUGGGUAUUACUCUUUGUUCCGAUAAUUAAAAUACCUACAGAUCGAUACGACGUGCUGGCGAAAGAAGAGGAUAUCCAUGUGCUUACCGGAACUCUCAAACUCUUCCUUAGAGAGCUUAGUGAGCCAGUCAUUCCGUCUCAUUUGAACAAAGAAUUUAUGAAUGCCAUGUGUACGUGUUGACUAGUAAUAUAAUUGUGUGUUUAGGGGAAAAGAAUUAUCCCAAGAGACUUCAAAGGUUUAAUCAACUGCUUUCUUCCCUCCCUGGGCCUAACAAAUCCACGUUGUCCGCUUUGGUUAAACAUCUCAGAAAGUACGUUCACCACACAGAUUACAUGUUUGUGUUUAGAGUUUCCCAGUUUGAUUCCGAGAAUCGGAUGAAUCUUCAUUCUCUGUCCAUCGUCUUUGGUCCCGCCCUUUUCCAAGAAACGAAGCCCCCAAAACGUCGUGGAAACUCAUCGAAGCCAGAUGCAGAAGGAGUUCCAAAUCAUGUGGUGGCCUACAACUUUGUUGCAUUCGGUCAGGUGACCGAAUUUAUUCUUGAAGAAGCUCUAAAUCUUAACAUAUUACAAUAGCACUGACUUUAUUGUACAUUUGAGGACGUUUCACUUCAUUUCUUUUGUUGAUAUCUUGUUUCAGCCGGUCUCUAUUUAUUUCCAAUGGUUCCCCAUUUCGUCGAUUUGUGGUCUAUUUUUAUUUGAUGUUACACUUGAGGCUUAA